GCGAGUCAGUGCGAGAGACUGUUUGCGUUAUGUGCGGACCUGAGCUGGGUUAACGAUUACAAAAGUGUCAAGAAUAGCUGCUCAUUUUGCAUUUUUUUUGGUUGAGGGGGGGGGGUGAACCACAGAAAAUAUAAAAAUAGUCACUUUAAAACAUGUCACAUAGCCAAAAUCUGAAUGACUACUUACUUAACGUGAGUUAACUUGGCUAGCUAAUGUUAGGUUAAGAGUAGCUAGCCAGCUGUCCAGCUAACUACAACAGUAUCAGGUGCUGCUUGCCUGUGCUAACUAAUUAUCUUCGACGAUUAUAGCUACUUACAGUAACUAGCUAACUUCAUCACUAUUAAUCACAUUGCUGCCGCCGAGCAAGGAAACAACUGUGGAACUUGGAGUGCCUGGUCGGUGUUGUGAAUGAGGGAGUCAUGGCAGACCACACCCCCCCACUGGAGUCCGGCCAGAUACUCAGCCCCGACCUCCCGCUCCUCGCCUCGCCUCCCCCUGCCAUGGUCAACGGAGAGGGACCCCAGCAGGUAAUCCUGGUGCAGGUGAACCCAGGUGAGGCCUUCACUAUACGGCGAGAGGAUGGUCAGUUUCAGUGUAUCACAGGCCCUGCUCAGGUUCCCAUGAUGUCCCCUAAUGGUUCAGUGCCUCCAAUAUAUGUGCCUCCUGGAUACGUUUCACAGAUCAUAGAGGAGAAUGGAGUACGACGUGUUCUGGUCUUACCUCAGCAGCCAGAGUUCCACCCUGGGGGCCACUCCCCCCUGCACCACCCCCCUCCUCCACCCCACGCCCACCUGCCCGCCUUCAUCCCCCACCCCGCCAUGUUGCCCCCCCCACCCCACCUCUACACAGGCAUGGCGGGGGACAUGAGCUCCCAGUAUAUACCACAGUACCACCCGGCACACAUUUACUCAGAGCAGGUCUCGGCAGAUUCUCAUUCCCCACACGGACGCCCGCCGCCGUUCGUCCACCGCGACGAAAGGGCCAGCAAGACCUACGAGCGUCUGCAGAAGAAGCUCAAGGAGCGGCAAGGGGGAGAGAGAGGAGGAGGAGGUGGUCAGAUGAAGGACAGCCCCCCUCCCUCGCCACAGAAGAGUCGAGGCAGCCCCCCCUCCAUGGACAGUAUCUACAAUGGGGUGGUUGGAGGAGGGAAGGGGCUGGAGGCUGAACUGGGACAGGGACAGACCAGCACCACCGCCAAGCAGAUGGACAAAGAACCUGGAGACAUGGAUAAAGAGGCUCAGCUCCUACAGGCCCUGUUGAACACUGUCAGUAAACCAGUGGUGACAGACAUCCAGGCCAAAGGGGCAGUGUUGAGCUGGGUGGCCCCCAGCAGGGCAGAGGGAGAGGGGGUCAGCCCCUCCCCGGAGCCUCUCAGUUACGAUGUGUCCAUCUCCUACAGCGGCAAGGAUGGGAAGUACACCACCAUGUACAGUGGUGAACAACUAAGUGUAACUUUAGAAGACCUGAGGCCAGCAACAGACUACCACGUUAGGGUCCUGGCCGUGUGUUCAGGGCAGUGUUUACGUGGCAGUCCGUCGGAGGCAGUAGCCUUCACCACUCGGAGCUGCGAACCAGACCCCCCCGGCCCCCCCAGGAAGGCCAGUGGCUCCAAGAGCAGCACCCUCGUUCUCCAGUGGAAGGCCCCGUGUGACAACGGCUCCAAAAUCCAGAACUACACGCUCCAGUGGGACGAGGGGAAGGGGACCGGGGGUUAUGAGCAGUGUUACUAUGGACCUCAGAAGCAGUAUCGGGUCACCAAGCUCUCUCCAGCUUCAAGAUACUCCUUCCGCCUCGCAGCCAAAAACGACAUGGGUAUAAGUGAGUUCUCUGAGACAGUGGACCUGUAUACCUCGUGCAGCGUACCCUCCCCGCCCCUCCCUCCAGAGCUGGUGAAGGCAGGGGUGACCUGGUUGUGUCUGACCUGGCAGAGACCCUCCACUUCCCCCAAGGAGGACGAUAUCUUCUACAGCCUGGAGAUGGAUGAGGACGAGGGUUAUGGCUUCCAACCCAGCUAUGAUGGUGAUGAGCUGUCCUGCACUGUCAAGAACCUGCACAGGAGCACCAAUUACAAGUUCAGGGUGGCAGCCUACAACACUGAGGGGAAGAGUAACCCCAGUCAGGUGGCAGAGUUCACUACCUGUCCAGACAGACCAGGAGGACCAUGUAGACCUGUCAUCAGAGGCAGGGUACUGCCCAAUUCCUUCAGAAUGGCAUGGGAACCACCUAAAGAUAAUGGAGGGGCGGAAGUGACCAAAUACGUGGUGGAGAUAUCUGAGGGACUAAGCGGUGUGUCGUGGGAGCUGGCGUACAGUGGUCCAGCCAUGGAACAUGUGUGUGAGGGGCUGAAGCCAGGCCACUCCUACCAGACCAGAGUUUACUGCAUGAGUGAGGGGGGGCAAAGCCCACUGUCAGAGACUCUGCAGGUCCAGACUCCCGCGGUGCCCCCAGGGCAGUGCCAGCCGCCCCGCGUGGUGGGCAAGCCCAAGGCCAGAGAGGUGCAGCUACGUUGGGGACCGCCGUGUGUGGGCGGUGGCAGCCCGGUGUCGGUCUAUAGUGUGGAGGUGUGUGGCGCUGGUCCUCAGGGGUCAACAGGUCAAGAGGAGGUCAGGGAGGUGUACCAAGGUUCGGAGGUCGACUGCACCGUGGGUAGUCUGCUGCCGGGACGGACGUACAGCUUCCGCCUUCGGGCCGCCAACAAGGCUGGGUACGGACCCCUGUCAGAGCAUUGUGAGGUGACCAUGGGCCCCGGGGCUCCAGAGCCCUGUAAGGCCCCUCACAUCACCUGCAAGUCCCCUACUGUGGCUGUGGUCAGCUGGGAGGCUCCAGCAUGUAACGGGGGGGUCGUCUCAGAGUACCGUGUGGAGUGGGGGGCAGCGCAGGGCACUAUGCAGGUGUGUUUCAGCGGUGCCAGCCUCACCCACGAGGUCAAGGGACUGCUGCCCGCCACCAACUACUUCUGCCGGGUUCAGGCUGUGAACGUGGCUGGCGUAGGUCUGUUCAGUGAGGCUGUCCUCUGUCAAACUCCUCCUUCUGUACCUGCGGCCGUCAGCAGUGUCCAUGCCCUCAAAGAGGCGGAGCUACGGGGAUACCACACCUCCACUGACCAGGAGGAAGAGGAGGAGGAAGAGGAGGAGGAGGAGGAGGAAGAUGGACCCCCCACGCCUCCUCUCUACUCCCCCUCCACUUGUCUAGCUGUUGGUUGGGAGCCGCCGUGCGACCACGGGGCUGAGAUCUCCUCCUACCUCAUAGACCUGGGAGAGAGACAGUCCAUCUCUGUCGGGCCAGUCACCAAGUAUAUCAUUCAGCAUCUGCAACCGGACACCAGCUACAGGAUUCGUAUCCAGGCUCUGAACAACCUAGGAUCAGGUCCGUUUAGCCACACCUUUAAGUUGAAGACCAAACCUCUCCCUCCCCAGCCCCCCCGGCUAGAGUGUACUGCGUUCAGCCACCAGACCCUCAGGCUGAAGUGGGGUGACGGACCGGCCAAGGCCACGCCCUCAGACGCCCUCCAGUACCAGCUGCAGACGGAAGACAAGAGAGGCAGGUUUGUCUCCUUGUACAGAGGGCCCUGCCACACUCACAAAGUCCAGCGACUCAAUGAGUGUACCUCGUACAUGUUCCGCAUCCAGGCCUUCAACGAGGCGGGCCAAGGUCCCUUCUCCACGGUUUACACCUUCACCACCCCCCGCUCGCCGCCCGCCCCUAUUAAAGCUCCCAGAGUGGAGCGUGUGGAGGACAUGUCUUCAGUCUGUGAGGUGAGCUGGGAGCCCCUGCUGCCCAUGAAGGGAGACCCCAUCAUCUACACGGUGCAAAGCAUGAUGGGUAACUCUGAGUACAAACAGGUGUAUAAAGGUUCUGCUACGUCCUACCAGAUGCCCGGCCUGCAGCCCAACAGUGAGUACCGCUUCAGGGUGUGUGCCAUCCGCCAGUGCCAGGAUGCUCCAGAGCUGAGUGGUCCCUACAGCCCCACGGUGACGCUCUCCCCCCAGCGCAGUGAGCUGUCAGCGGGCAGUGUGAGCAGUGUGGGCCCCCGAGCUGGAGCUGACCCCGCCAGGCCCUUAACAGAUGAGCAGUGGGCUGCUCUCAUCAUCAUGCUCUGCGCAGUCAUCUCCAUCCUCAUCGCUUUCAUCAUCCAGUACUUUGUUAUCAAGUGAGCUUGUAUCUCCCUUGUUCUUCUCCUCCGUCUCCUCCUCCCCAGUUCCUCCCUUCCUUCUCCUCCAAGCUACAGGGUUACAGCUGUAAUUUCCUGUUGAUGUUGUAGUUUAUUUCUGUUGUCACCUCUGGGUUGAUUAUGAUUAGCACCGGUGAGGGAGUCCAGGAGGCAGGAAGUCCAGAGGAAAUGAUAGCUUCCUGUCUUCCCCCUCCCUAACCUCCCUUUACAGAAGCCUCUCAAUGUUUAACAAGAAGACACCGCUGUGUUUCGUUACCCUGCACAGAAUAGAGUAGCACAUUAUGAGUCAUAAUACCCAUAACACCAAGAGGUCAAACAGGGAAAUGGUUCCAAUUGUUUGUUUUUUUCACAUAGUGGAUUUUUAGAAACACUUCAAAUAAGGGCUGUGUUUGCGUGGAGGCUUGCCCUGUUGUGCCAGUUUGAUAACCCUUGUAAAUCUCUUUCAGACAAAGUGACUUUCGUCAAUAUAUUCACCUUUAUUUACCCUGCAAAACUUAAAUGCUAAUUAGCUGCUAAUGUGGCUAUCAUAAAGAACUACAAAUACCAUGAUGAUCUGGACGAGACUGCCGAAUCGAGGCAAAGGUAAGAAUCUCUGGAUUAACUAUCUAUUGUUAGCUAAAUGUAGUAAUGAAUAAAUUGGCAAAAAAAGAAAUAAUAAAUGGACAAUUCUGACAACUGUCUUGUGCAAGUUUUAAGUUGACACAAUAGUGUGAUCUCGUCCAGAUCAUCAAGGUGUCAACUAGAGAUGACGUGCAGGAGCUUGCUGUCAAUUUUGUCGUUUUGCAUGUUGUCUACUUUGAUGCUAAUUAGCAUUUUCACAUCUGAGAGUAAAAUGGAGCCGAAAUAUAUUGAUAAAAGUCCUAGAGAAAUUUACAGGGUUAUCAAAAAUGUCCCGCCAGGCCUAAGCCUACACAAAACACAGCCCUUCAUGUGAAGUGUUUCUAAAAAAAAAUCCCCUAUGUGGAAAAAAUGAAUGGUGGAAAUACUAUUGGAACCAUUUCCCUGUUUGACCGCUAGGUUUUAUGGGUAUUGGUAUUGUGACACCUCCACUGUGAGGCUCUAUGCUUCAUUGUGAUUGGUUAACCUGUACAGAAUGGAUAAUGAAGGAGCAGGUUUUUACAGUUAAAAGAUAAAUUUCACUCACCAUGUACGUGUCCAACCAUAUAUAUGUAUAGAUUAUUAAUUUAUUUAUAUCGGUGGUUAAAAGGGUCCGGUAUGACACUAUGUUAGUAUAUAGGUUUAUAUUAUAUAACAUAUGUGCUGUUAGGACCUGGGACCUGAUUUGGCCAGUGUUUUGCACAGAAACGCACGAUACACAGGUGUAGGUGUGCCACAGUUAAACAUGCUGGCUUCACGACGUGCUCGUGGGAAAUGGGAAGCUGGUAAAUGGUACGUCUGUGACAGGAUCAAUAAGAUUCAAGCUAGCUUUGAUAGGCUUGCUAACGUCGCUUAUAAUAAAGUUUGCUAGCUUAACGUUGACAGAUAUGGUCAGACUAGCUACAUUUAUCCAAAUUGAUACGGUUGUAAUUGUCAGAAACAGAAUUUGUUGUCAUUUGUUUUGGUUGGAAAAGGUUUUAAGGUCAGUGGUGAAACUCGAGUAACAUCAUUUUCUCAGAGUUUCCCCGCGUGUAAUUCCGACUUGAAGGUCAUUCAAGUGAAAUUUCCAACUGUGAACUGGGAACUUCCGAUAACUCCGAUUAGCAUGCGAACACAGCAACAGUUAGGAAGUGGCUGGGCGAGUGGGUGUGGGGAGGUCAGAGGUCAGGUGUACUACAGAGAUACCUAGGAAGGGGGAAGUGGCCACCACACCUUCUGUAGUUUAUAUAAAGGGUUAAAUAGAGAGGAAGAAUAUAUAUCCAAUUCUUGUUUGCAUUAUAGAAUGUUCAUUUAGCACUUUCUAAUUUUGUUGAUGUUCAGAGGGGCGUAGGGACGCAGAAGUUGACUGGAGAAACGGUAGUAUAUUUUUGUAUAGUGAAGACACAAGGACAUGUUAGUUGUUGGAGAAGUUAAUCGCUCAGAAGUAGAGUUUAGGGGAAAAUAAACACAUAAAACCAAACUAACACAAUGAUGAUGAUGAAUAAUUCUAAUUAUUUUUACUAUCCUGUAGCUUGUAUUCACAAUCAUGCAGAAUUUUGUUGUUUUUGUUGUUCUUUAGCACAAAACAUGUACUUCGCUUACUAUCCAUAUUAUCUAUGUUUUUUUGUGUGUGUUUUUUUUUUCACUACUUAAUUUUGCACCUUAAGUGAAAGAGGAAACCUUGACUGAAUGUGUCUUGGUUUUGUUAUCCAUUUUAUAGAACUACGUAUUUUCAGAUUGUACAAGCCCUACUGGUGUUUUGGGUGUUUUAAAAGUUCCAGUACACCUACCACCAUGACGUGUUGUCAUAGUAACAACAGAUGUUUGUUUUUUUCUCCCGAUGGUAUCAGACCAGUUUGUUGUUUUCAGAGGAUUAAAGAAAACAAAAUAAACUUGGAUGCAUUUUCUUAAUUUCUCUUUUUUAAUUGUAUUUUUAGAAAACACAAUUUGUUGUUUUGUUUAUUUUUAUUUUUUAGCAAUAUUGAUUUGAUGUUAUCAAACAUAUAAUACAUUAUAAUAUUAAUCACGAUGAAAUGAAAUAGUAGUAUUUGGAGGAUAUCAACGUUUCUGAUUUAUUUUUGAUUUCUUUACAUCAGAGUCAUUCAUGUGAAUAUCUAUUUUUUUACAAGAUUGAAGUAUAUGGUAUUAUAACCUAUGUCCAGAGGAAAUAAGAAAACACCUACGUAGCUAAAUAAUCAUAAACCAUAAUGAGUCCAAACCACCGUAGAUCAGAACUGUGUUAACUCGUACUUCCUGUUGAUCUAAAGUUUGGCCUUUUUUUUUUUUUACGUUUUUUUUUUUUUGCGGACACAUACUUCCUUCACGCCAUUUCACCCGGUGCGUGGUGCUACACGUCACGGGAGGGGGGAGGGGGGGGUCGUAGAUUUCAGCGUCACCGUAUGGGUGCACACAGUAUAGACCCAGCUGAGCACUCGCUCAAGUCUGGAUGGUGGAAUCUAUUCAACACACCCGCUACAGGUUUACACUGCACAAAUGUAUUUUUUUAAAUCACAUUUAAACCACUUGUCUUUCCUCCAGUAUUGUCUUGUGAUGGAUCUUGCGGUUUCAUCGGGGGAAGUAAACAAAAUGGCGUCGCUGAAUUCACGUUAUGUUUUGCCUAUUUCAUGCAGCCACAGAAUAGAAGGAAGCUAAACCAACCAUUAUUUUUGUAUUUGAAUUUCAUUGUUUAAAGUUGAGAGAUAACGGUCACUCAAAGUAAGGGAAUGUUCAAUGAGGCUGGGUGUUUUAAGUUCUCCUCCAGGAUGAUACGGUGUAGAUGAUACGGUGUAGUUGGUAGAUGAUACGGUGUAGUUGGUAGAUGAUACGGUGUAGUUGGUAGAUGAUACGGUGUAGCUGAUAGAUGAUACGGUGUAGUUAGUAGAUGAUACGGUGUAGUUAGUAGAUGAUACGGUGUAGAUGAUACGGUGUAGAUGAUACGGUGUAGCUGGUAGAUGAUACGGUGUAGUUGGUAGAUGAUACGGUGUAGUUGGUAGAUGAUACGGUGUAGCUGAUAGAUGAUACGGUGUAGUUAGUAGAUGAUACGGUGUAGAUGGUAGAUGCUACGGUGUAGCUGGUAGAUGAUACGGUGUAGCUGGUAGAUGAUACGGUGUAGUUAGUAGAUGAUACGGUGUAGAUGGUAGAUGCUACGGUGUAGCUGGUAGAUGAUACGGUGUAGUUGGUAGAUGAUACGGUGUAGCUGGUAGAUGAUACGGUGUAGUUGGUAGAUGAUACGGUGUAGCUGGUAGAUGAUACGGUGUAGCUGAUAGAUGAUACGGUGUAGCUGGUAGAUGAUACGGUGUAGCUGGUAGAUGAUACGGUGUAGCUGGUAGAUGAUACGGUGUAGCUGGUAGAUGAUACGGUGUAGCUGGUAGAUGAUACGGUGUAGAUGGUAGAUGAUACGGUGUAGAUGGUAGAUGAUACGGUGUAGUUGGUAGAUGAUACGGUGUAGCUGGUAGAUGAUACGGUGUAGCUGGUAGAUGAUACGGUGUAGCUGGUAGAUGAUACGGUGUAGUUGGUAGAUGAUACGGUGUAGCUGGUAGAUGAUACGGUGUCGCUGGUAGAUGAUACGGUGUAGAUGAUACGGUGUAGCUGGUAGAUGAUACAGUGUAGCUGGUAGAUGAUACGGUGUCGCUGGUAGAUGAUACGGUGUAGAUGAUACGGUGUAGCUGGUAGAUGAUACAGUGUAGCUGGUAGAUGAUACGGUGUAGCUGGUAGAUGAUACGGUGUAGCUGGUAGAUGAUACGGUGUAGUUGCCCUCCAACAAAUAGAAGACCAAGGACAUCCGAAAUCCAUCAGUUUAACGAAUGAAGUAACGCUGAAACCGAAUGUGUGUGUGAGAGAAUCUAAUUGACACAUAGUCUAAUUGAAUUACGUAAAUUACAAAAUACUGACAUUUUAAUCGAUAACAAAUUACAUGACCUUCCCCUUGAAUUCUAUCAAAUAAAAUACUGAAGCCUUUUCAAAUAUACGCGGUAAACUGAGAACCAUUGACAACACGAUGACACAAGUCACUGAAAAGGAUUGGGGAAAGGCUCAGUUAAUCUGAUUUUGUUCAAUCGAAACACCAAUCAUUUAAUCCCUGUGAUUGACAGACAUGUUGACUAACCAAAUUGCAGUGAAAUUAGAUGAUAAAUCUAGUCAUGAUUAGUUUCAUAUAUUUAAUUCAGUUAAAUUUAGUAGAUCGACUUAAUAGCAGCAACCAUGAACGUGCUAAACUUGACGUUACACACCCGUUGACAUUGGGGACCACAUUUUUUUCCAGCCACUCUGUAGCUAGCACGUUGAACAACGUGGGCGCGCGUCGGACAGUCCUUGCACUCUGUAGUUGGCACGUUGAACAACGUGGGCGCGCGUCGGACGGUCCUUGCACUCUGUAGCUAGCACGUUGAACAACGUGGGCGCGCGUCGGACGGUCCUCGCACUUUGAAACCCACACAGGCACCUGUUACGUAUAACUCCGCCCACCGGGUAAAAAUGGCAUGAAAAUGAGUACGAGUCCCUCUUUUUUUUUUUUUUUUUUUUUUCCCCCUCUGUGUGUUCCAAGUCUUUGUGACCGAUUGCCGAGUUAUGCGAGCUAAUCAAUGUAGUCUGUGAUCAGGCAGCAGUCUUGUGUUGUGUUUUGUUAUGGACCAAUAUGAUUCUGGCUGUUGCAACCAUUAUAAUGAUGAUGAUGAUGAUGAUGAUGAUGAUGAUACAGGUACUUUGCAAACGUUUUUUUGGGGGGGGGGGGAAUUACAUUGAUUUGGUCGACCGGGCAUCUUUUUGAUUUCUGAUGUCUUAAUUCUUUUUGUCGUUUUUUUAAAAGAAUGAAAUUCCAACCAAAAAUUUGAUAGUGGUUGCAUCGUGUGAUUGCAUCGUGUGAUUGCAUCGUAACACCUCAGCGUGGUGGCAGAUCACUGGGCUGAGGGAGAGAAAGAAGAAACAAAACGCUACAACAACAAAACAAACAAAAAAAGAAUUAAAAUAUGCACAACAAAAAAUGAGACCAUUUUUAUGUAAUUUUAAUGUUUGCAGUUACCUCAUAACACCGUACAUUCCAAAAUGAAAAUUUGUUAUACUAUAAAUACUACCAGUACCAGACAUAUCACUUUCAAAUGUUCGUUAUGGGAAUCAAAUUGUAUAAUCAUAAGUAUGUAUCUAAAGUGUAUCUGUAUAGCCAUGAUAUCUACAAAGAUCCAUGCACAAUAAAGAUUUAUAAUUCUUAA